ACGACGUCGUGGGGGGCACGACGCCAUCGGACUUGGGCGCCACAAACGUUGACGCCCGCCAACGCGAGGACCGACGCCUUCAGAAGGAAAAAAAAAGACCGCUACGUGCCCGGGCAGCAGAUUGUGCCGCCCGGUCUGACCCGCUACCGCGUGGAGGUCCAGUACCAGGGAAGCGACUUCGACGGGUGGUUCAAGAGCUCUACCCGGCGAUGGGAGGUGGUGGAGAGGCUGCCCGAUGGCACGACGCGGCGGCGCCCCGCGAGGCCAAGUGAGACUGGCGGCUCCGACAGCAACCUCUACGGCGUCGCGGGGGAGGCGGCACAGACGCGCCACCACGCACGAACGAUUCUGGAGGACGCCCUCGCGGUGGCACUUGAUGUGCCGAGCGUGUCCGUGGUCGCCGCCGAUCCCGAAACGGGUGUGUCGGUCCGUCGACUCACCUGCCACGUUGACCUCCCGAGUGAGAUUGAAAUGCAGCCGAGGACCAUUCUUCAGCGCGCCACCCUCUGGUUACAGUCACACCAGCAGCCGCUCGCCAUCCUCGCCUGUCACCCGUGCAAGAACCAGGACUUCCACGCUCGACACUCUGGCGUCCGUCGCGUGUAUUGCUACCGCAUCUUGAACCGCGUCGCGCCGCCCCUCUUCGACGCCGGGUUUCAGUGGCACGUCGACCGACACCUCGACGUCGCACGCAUGAAGCGCUUUGCCGCGAUGGAAGGCACGCACGACUACGGAUACUUUGCCGAUCCGAAAAUGGCGAACGCACUGCGGCGGGCGGCGGUCAGCCGCACCGGCACGAUCGAGUCCGCGGCGACUUUUGCGGAGGAGCACGAGGCGCCAACGGUGACAGGCCGCGCUCCGUGGGAGAAGGAACCAGCCCCCAAGGUGGACGUUGAUCGCGGGCUCACCCACCUCGAACGUGCUGGCGCGCUGCCGACCUACAACGCGUACGGCCAAAGGUUCUCACCUACGACGCGAAGCCGCGCAGUACUGGAAGGCGCGCACCAACCUCCGACGGUCCGCACGAUCGACAAGAUUGACGUCGUGCGGCAGGAGGACGAGGUGCUCCUCUGGUUCGUCGGGCAGUCCUUUCCGCAUCAGAUCCGCAACAUGGUGAGCGUGCUUAAGGCCAGCGGGCACGGACUCUGGGACGAGUUCGAGCUGCAGCACGCUUUUAACAGCGGUUUUGAAGUCUCACGAAAGACGUUUCAGCGGGAGCGCUUGCCGCCGGCGCCGGUCCACGGCCUCACGCUCUGGGAUGUAGAAUACCCCAAGCAGCAUCGCGAUGACUUUGUGCCUUUUGUGGACUCUGGCCCUUACGAAGAGGUGGACAUCUCCGCGGUCAACUAG